UCACGGUCCAGGAAGAGGAGACUCGGGAUCCAGGGCUGGAUACGGCUGCAGUAAUGACACCGGCCCGUAGAAUGUGGUCCCUUAUAAGGCAACGUGCGCGGAUUGGAGCGCUGCGGGAGAUGUGCAGGCAGUACCCGCUGCUGUGCUUCGUUCUGCUUACCCUGUCCUUAUCCACCAUCCUACUGCUCAGAUAUCUUCAUAUUCUUAUGAUCUUCUGGUCUUUCCUUGCUGGAGUUGUUACAUUAUACUGUUCACUGGAACCACAUUCUCUGCUACCUAAUAUUCUAUUUAAUAUCAAAUACAAACCAAAGCAACCUGAACUUCAAGAACUUUUCCCACAAGGGCAUAGUUGUGCUGUGUGUGGCAAGGUUAAAUGUCAAAGACAUAGGCCUACUUUGCAAUUAGAAAACUAUCAGCCAUGGCUUGAUUUAACGGUUCCCUCAAAGGUUGAUGCAUCUCUGUCAGAGGUAUUUGAACUGGUGCUGGAAAACUUUGUUUAUCCAUGGUAUCGUGAUAUUACUGAAGAUGAGUCUUUUGUUGAUGAGCUGAGGCUGGCCCUGAGAUUCUUUGCAUCUGUUCUUGUGCGAAGAAUACAGAAGGUGGAUAUUCCAUCUAUAAUUACAGUAAAAUUGCUGAAAGCUGCUAUGAAGCACAUUGAAAUAAUUAAAAAAGCAAAACAAAAAGUGAAAAACUUUGAGUCACUGCAGCAGGCAGCUUUGGAAGAAUAUGGGCCUGACCUUCAUGUUGCAUUAAGAAGCCGCAGAGAUGAGCUUAGCUACCUCAGAAGUCUCACUGAGCUGCUUUUUCCUUUUAUUCUACCUCCUAAAGCAACAGAUAGCAGACCUCUUACGUUACUGGUGAGAGAGAUUCUCUCUGGAUCUGUGUUCCUGCCCUCAAUGGAUUUCCUUGCCGAUCCAUAUUUUAGGCAGCUUCUGGAAGGUGCAGAGUCUCCAACCCGCAGCUCAAAAUGUAACAGAAAUAGCCUGAGUUUGGAUGAUAUACGGACCACACAAAAAAGAGGUGGGGAAGCCUCUGGCAUUGGGAAAUUUGGCAGCAAAUUAAAAGGAGUCUUCAAGAGCACAACCAUGGAAGGGGCCAUGCUGCCUAAUUAUGGUUUGGCAGAGGGAGAUGAUUAUGCUAUUGAAGAAGGUACUGUGGUAUUAGAAGAUGAUUCCCCUGUGGACGUUCCCAGUGCAACUACCCCAAAUACCCCUCGUAAUCUUUCUGCAUGGAAUAUCAGCAUCCCUUUUGUGGACCUUGAAAACUAUGAUGACUUUGAAAAAAGAGAUCGAAAAGAGAGAAUGCCUGUAUAUGUUAUUGAUGUUGAAAGAAAUGACAGAACAGCAGUUGGACAUGAAGCUGAACACUGGUCUGUCUACAGAAAGUAUAUAGAAUUUUAUGUUCUUGAGUCGAAGCUCACAGAGUUCCAUGGUACAUUUUAUGAUACCCAGCUUCCAUCAAAAAGGAUACUUGGGCCCAAAAACGUUGAAUUUUUAAAAUCCAAAAGAGAGGAAUUCCAGGAAUACUUACAGAAAUUAUUAAAACAUCCAGAACUUAGUAACAGUCAACUGUUAGCAGAUUUCCUGUCGCCUAACAGCCUGGAAACACAGUUUCAUGACAAGAUGCUUCCAGAUGUCAACCUUGGUAAAAUGAUCAAGUCUGUACCAGGCAAAUUAAUCAAAGAGAAAGGACAACAUCUGGAAUUCUUCAUUAUGAACUUCAUCAACUCAUGUGAAUCCCCAAAACCCAAACCAAGCAGACCGGAACUGACUAUACUCAGCCCCACUUCAGAAAACAAUAAAAAGCUUUUUAAUGAUUUAUACAAGAAUAAUUCGAAUCGGUCUGAGAAUGCGGAAAGAAAGUAUAACCAGAAUUACUUCAUGGAGGUGAUGACAGUAGAAGGAGUUUAUGAUUAUCUUAUGUAUCUAGGCCGGGUUGUUUUCCACAUCCCUGACUGGUUUCAUCACCUAUUAAUGGGAGGAAGAAUCCUGUUCAAAAACACACUUGAGACCUACACAGACCACUAUCUGCAGUACCACUAUCUGCAGUGUAAACUAGAGCAACUCAGCCAAGAGCAUCGGCUGGUGUCACUAAUUACACUUCUUAGAGAUGCUGUGUUUUGUGAAAGUACAGAUCCACGGACUGCAGCAGCUAAGCAGAAGCGGGCUAAGCAGACUUUCGAUGAAAUGAUGACCUACAUUCCAGAUUUAAUAGGAAAAUGCAUGGGCGAUGAAGCCAAGUAUGAAGGCGUUAGAUUGCUGUUUGAUGGUUUGCAGCAACCUGUACUUAACAAACAGCUGUCCUAUGUUCUACUGGAUAUUGUAAUGCUUGAGAUAUUCCCAGAACUCAACAAGCCUCAGAAAGAGAUUUCAACAACACCAGCCUGGAUGUGAAAAAGAAAACUGAACUGAAUGAAUAUGCUCCUGCACUGAUUUGCUUGUUUUAGUAAAGU